UAUCGGUCACUAAUUUGACAGUUAUUGAUAUAAUACAAAAAUCGUAUUAGUCGUCAAACGUAGAAGAUCAUCAAACAUUGCAAUUACAAUUGUCAUAGUAUAUGAUAGAAAAGAUAGGAUUAUUAUAAUUUCUUCUUACCUUGACCGUACAAAUGCGUGCGCAGAGAUACUACCGUGUCAAGAUUACAGAACGACAUAACCUCGAAAACUUUGUAAUAGAACCUGCAUAGCAUAUGACAUACACUGACAUAUUUUUCAUACGUAUCCUUGUUUAAUUGUAUUUAAAAAAUCAGAAGGAAAUAGAAAAUAAAGAAAUAUGACGACGGAGAAUGUAGAAAUUGAUGCGCUGACGAUAAAUGGAAGAAUGGACGAGGAAGAUAUUGUAACUCCUUGGGAUGUUGAGAGUCAAAAUGAGAACGGAAUUGACUAUGACAAAUUAAUUAAAAAAUUUGGAAGUUCAAAAAUUGAUGAGGAAUUAUUGACUAGGUUUGAGAAAAUUACAGGGGAAAAACCACAUCACUUCCUCAGAAGAGGGAUAUUCUUCUCUCAUCGAGAUAUGCACACCAUUUUAAAUCUUUAUGAACAAGGAAAAUCAUUUUACCUUUAUACUGGUAGAGGUCCCAGUUCAGAUUCUAUGCAUUUGGGGCAUCUUGUACCAUUCAUGUUUUGCAAAUGGUUACAAGAUGUAUUUCACGUUCCAUUAGUUAUACAGUUAACUGAUGAUGAGAAAGCAAUAUGGAAAAAUAUAAAGGUAGAGGAUGCAAUUAAGUUGGCCUAUAAUAAUGCAAAGGACAUUAUUGCUCUUGGAUUUAAACCAGAAAACACAUUCAUUUUUUCCAAUUUAGAACAUAUUGGAAAUAAUCCUGCAUUUUACCAAAAUAUGAUUAGGAUCCAAAGAAGUGUAACAUUUAACCAAGUGAAAGGUAUUUUUGGAUUUGGAGAUAGCGAUCCUAUUGGAAAAAUUGCAUUUCCACCUACUCAGGCUGCUCCUGCAAUUUCUGGAUCUUUUCCUUUUAUAUUUAAAAGUGCAAAGGUUCAUUGUUUGAUUCCAUGUGCUAUAGAUCAAGAUCCUUACUUCAGAAUGACAAGAGAUGUCACACCAAAAAUUGGUUAUCCCAAACCAGCUCUGUUACAUUCUGUAUUUUUCCCAGCGUUACAAGGCUCUAAAACAAAAAUGUCUGCUAGUGAUACUAAUAGUGCAAUAUUCUUGACAGACACUGCUAAACAAAUAAAAAAUAAAGUUAACAAACACGCAUUCUCAGGAGGACAAGCUACUGUUGAAGAGCAUAGACAAUUAGGAGGUAACUGUGAUGUUGAUAUAGCGUAUCAAUGGUUAAGAUUUUUUCUAGAAGACGAUGAAAAAUUAGAGCAACUUAGGAAAGGCUAUACUAGUGGAAAAAUUUUAACAGGAGAACUUAAAAAAGAAUUAAUUAAUGUCCUACAACCUUUGGUUGCUGCACAUCAAGAAACUAGAAAUAAAUUAACUGAUGAAACAGUUAAACAAUACAUGAUUCCUAGAGAUCUUGGUUUUGUAACAAAGUAGUUAUAUAAGAACUACUUUUUUUGUAUAUAAAACACAGAAACUCCAUUUUCAUCAAUUUAUUUAAUUUUAUUUAUUUUCUAGCAGCAUAUUAAUAAUUGUUCAUUUAAAAAAUUUAUUUUUCAAAUUGUGAUGGUGCAUUAAAUUGCUUUUCCAAAAAUACACGCAUUGUACUUA